AUAAAAAUGCCAAACAAACCACAGCCCCAAGGCUCACAGGAAUAAUUCCGCAAAAAGUGCUUUGUACGCUACAGAAUCAUGGUUUACUCGAGAAGAAAGCGUGGGCGGCAAUCUAGAGCGGAUGAACGCGAAGAACAGAACGGAGCGCCGGAAGAAAAGAGUCCUGUUUCCCAAGUGAAGGAAUUGCAGGAAGAAGAGGAGGAGGUAGUUCCCGUUGCAGCGAUACCGGAUUCGCUUCAAACACUGCUGGAAACGCUGACCCAGCAAGCGGCAUUAAUUGUAGAACAGAACACCCGAAUCGAACAGCGUCUCACUUGCCUGGAGCAGGGCCUCUCUCGCAUUGACCAGCAAAAUGGAUUGAUCGAGCUGCAGAAUGACCGGAUCGAACAGCAGAUCGUCCGAAUCGAGCAGCGCACCAUUACACUGGAGGAAAAGCUGAACCACUUCUCCAGCACACCCGUGCCCACCGUGAACGAAAGUGGACCAGCAGAAGACGCCGGAUCGCCGGAGUGCACGCCGGAAAAAUCGCAAACGACAAAGGCAUCCGGUGCGACAGAUAAAUCAGCUGCCUCCAACGAACCAUUCAGCAUAAAGCCAGCAACAACCGGCGAAGAGCUGUAUGAAUUGGAUGUAAAGUUGGGCGAUGCAGCCUACUAUGCGCAAGCGGCCAAAUGGAUCGACUGGAACGUGUUCCAGCAAACAGCCAAAGCCCGCAUGGACAGGACCAUGGACUUGUUGAUCUCACGCGACCUUCAACUGAAAUGCUACUGGAAUUCGCAUCAAAAUUACGCGAUGGCGCCGUUGCUGAAGUUUCGGAAGAAUAUUCUGAAACUGAUCCAAGACAUCGGUUCUACGGAAUGGAAAACGGCGACGGCAGACAGUGUAAAUACAUUCGUUGUGACGAAACUGAGAAACAUCAAGAAAAACAAACCGCGACCGCCAACUGCCGGUGUUCGGAAGACCGUGAACUCGUGUGACGAAUCUUCAAUCGAGCUGGAUGAUGACACAUCGAUCGAUAGCAGUUCCAUCGAUCUCGGGGACAACGACGACGAAAGCAAGGAGCUGCAGCAACAGGAGCAGACAUGUGAGAUCCAAGAGGAGAAACUGAUUGAAGAGGAGCUGUACACCGGCAACGAGGAUGAUACGUCGAUCGAUUUGGAUGACCUGGACUCCAUCGAUGACGAGUUGGAUGAAAUAGAAUUCGAAUGAGG